AUCAACACAACAUAGACAACAGCAGUGAAGAUACUCGUCCUGAUCAAGGUCCACUCUUUUGGAAAACAGCGUCUCUGCCGCCAGUGCCCUCGCCAUGAAAGGAUCUGCCGUCGUGGUGGCCGCCCUGGUCACGCUGCAGAUCGCCUCCUGCGGGGCUCUCUACCCUGGUACUUCCUAUCAGAUGCUGCAGUCCAACGAGGGCCUCAGGAACCCGGUCAAGAACGCGCGCGCGAUGACCCUCGACUCGCCCGCAGCUCUUGGCACUGAGUCCGGUGACAUUGAGGGCCGUCAGCUUGACGGCGAGCCCGACGUGAACACGGACGCCCCGGCCGAGGCUGACACCGAGGCUGACACGGCCGGGGCGGCCGAGACUGACACGGCCGAGGCUGACACGGCCGAGGCUGACACGGAGGCGCCGGAAGACGCCACGGAGGCGCCAGUGGUGUGCGGAGGCGAGAUCCCGACGCUCCUCGAGACCGGCGAGGUGAGAGAGGACAAACUGCUCAUUAACACGACUCUGGAGACUCCCGGCUACGACGCUGAGGGCUACCCGGCAGACAUCGAGUGCAUCUGGAACGUCAACGUUGAGAGCGGCUGUGCGCUGGGAUUCGUGAUCUGGCAGGUAGACUCCGGCUUUAUCCGCCCGACCAGGGGCUGCUCGGAGGACUUCGUGGAGAUGGGCUUUGACGGAUUCUACACCGAAAAACACUGCGGGACAAUACAUGGAAAAUCCGGCGUGAAGCUUUGGAGUAACCCUCUAAAUACCGAACGCUCUCUGAACAUUCGUUUCUUGGCUGGAACGCGCAGGGGAAAUGCAGGUGGAGGAAAAGGCAUCAAGAUUUACAUCACCGGUUUCUGUAAUACUUAUUCCGAUGAGUAUGUGGCAGCAGCAGAAGCAACGGCAGAGACGGCGACGGAGGCGGUGGCGGAGGAUACCACGCAGACGAAUGAGGUUUUCUAGCUCGUUCUAGAUAUGAUCGACCCUUUAGCUUUCCUUGUCCAUCUUUGUCAAGAGAAAAAGAACUCAAGUAUGUCGAUACACUGCGAGAAAAAAGGCAAAUAGG